AUACUGUGUAAAUGUUUUGUUUCAGGGUUGGGGUGUAGUACCAGAUAUGUUAUUUAAGAAUAUAAAUGAAAAGAAGCAAGCUCAAGCAGGAAGUCGUAAUGCCAAUGUAUUUUAAUAAAAGGAACAAAAGAUGGUCACAACGGUGAAUUGGACAACAUUUUUAUUGCAACAGUAUACCUGGAAGCCAUUCACAAUCCUGAUCCCCCCGAGUGAGGCUCAGGAGGCACCAUGAUGGAGGGGGGCAUGCAGCUCCUGAACCGCGACGGCCACAGCAUCUCGCACAACUCCAAGCGCCACUACCACGACUCGUUUGUGUCCAUGAACAGGAUGCGCCAGCGCGGCCUGCUCUGUGACAUUGUGCUGCACGUCUCCAAUAAGGAGAUCAAGGCUCACAAGGUGGUGCUGGCCUCAUGCAGUCCGUACUUCCACGCCAUGUUUACAAAUGAGAUGUCGGAGAGUCGGCAGACCCAUGUGACCCUGCAUGACAUUGACUCACAGGCGUUGGAGCAGCUGGUUCAGUAUGCCUAUACAGCAGAGAUUGUGGUGGGAGAGGGCAACGUACAGACAUUGCUGCCAGCAGCUAGCCUACUGCAGCUCAAUGGGGUUAGGGAUGCCUGCUGUAAGUUCCUCCUCAGCCAGCUAGACCCCUCCAACUGCCUGGGCAUCCGCGGUUUUGCCGACACCCACUCCUGCAGUGACUUGCUCAAGUCGGCGCACAAAUACGUCCUGCAGCACUUUGUGGAGGUGUCCAAGACUGAGGAGUUCAUGUUGCUGCCGUUAAAGCAGGUACUGGACCUGAUCUCCAGUGACAACCUGAAUGUUCCAUCGGAAGAGGAGGUGUACCGGGCUGUGCUGACCUGGGUCAAACAUGACAUCGAUGGGCGCAGGCAGCACGUUCCCUGGCUGAUGAAGUGCGUGCGUCUGCCACUGCUACGGAGGGACUUCCUCAUGACCAACGUGGACACGGAACUGUUGGUGCGCCACCACUCUGAGUGCAAGGACCUGCUGAUUGAAGCCCUGAAGUACCACCUGAUGCCCGAGCAGAGGGGCGUGCUGAGCAACAGCCGCACAAGGCCGCGCCGUUGCGAGGGUGCCAGCCCCGUGCUCUUCGCCGUCGGUGGGGGAAGCCUCUUUGCCAUCCACGGUGAUUGCGAGGCGUACGACACGCGGACGGACCGCUGGCAUAUGGUGGCGUCCAUGUCCACCCGGCGGGCACGUGUAGGCGUGGCAGCCAUUGGCAACAAGUUGUAUGCAGUAGGAGGGUACGACGGUACCUCGGAUUUGGCCACUGUGGAGUCCUAUGACCCAGUCACCAACUCCUGGCAACCUGAGGUUUCGAUGGGGACCCGUCGGAGCUGUCUGGGCGUGGCGGUGUUGCACGGCCUCCUGUAUGCCGCUGGCGGUUACGAUGGAGCUUCCUGUCUCAACAGUGCCGAGCGGUACGACCCUCUGACCAGUACCUGGACCUCGAUAGCUGCCAUGAGUACCCGUAGGAGAUAUGUUCGUGUGGCCACUUUGGAUGGCAGUUUGUAUGCAGUGGGAGGGUAUGACAGCUCCUCACAUCUAGCAACAGUGGAAAAAUAUGAACCACAGAGUAACGCGUGGACAGCCAUCGCCAACAUGCUGAGUCGGCGCAGCAGCGCUGGGGUGGCUGUGCUGGAGGGCAUGCUCUACGUUGCCGGGGGCAACGAUGGCACCAGCUGCCUGAACUCGGUGGAGCGGUUCAACCCAAAGACCAACGCCUGGGAGGGUGUGGCGCCCAUGAACAUCCGAAGGAGUACCCACGACCUCGUCGCCAUGGACGGCUGGCUGUAUGCGGUGGGCGGCAACGACGGCAGCUCCAGCCUCAACUCCAUCGAGAAGUACAACCCGCGUAGUAACAAGUGGGUGGCGGCCUCCUGCAUGUUCACGCGGCGCAGCAGUGUGGGCGUGGCCGUGCUGGAGCUGCUCAACUUCCCGCCGCCCUCGUCGCCCACACUGUCCGUGUCCUCCACCAGCCUUUGACACGGGGUUAGGCUCCGGCUGACCUCGGCCUCGGCCGCCGCUGUCACCGCCACGCAGCCAGGCCCCAGCAAAAAACGCAACUGCUCUGUGUGAAGUUGGAGGGGGGGGGGGGUGAUUCAGGUAAAGCAUGAGUGGUGAAAAGGGGUUCAGGCGGUUAGAGGGGGCAGGGAUGGUGGACAGAGGGGGCAGGGUGGAAGAGCGAAAGCUGGAGACAGAUUAACACAGAGGGGGCUGCUGAUUCUCAUGUGUUCCUAUUUUCUGAGGUCUCACUGUAUUAUUGUAAAGAAACCAACUCCUAGUCUCUCUAAGAAUACAGAAGAUGUAAUGUUGAAAGACAUUGGGGGGGGAAAAUAACUAUUUUCAUCCUUUUGCAAUUCAGUGCUUGAAACAUCGAACGCAGACGGUCACUUAGUGUAUCAUGUGUACUGUAACUGUCUUUGGUUUGUCGUUCUCUGUCCUCUGAAAAAUCUAUAUUUUUGGUUUUUACCAUUUUUGCAAUAAUAUAUAUAAAUAUAUAGGUAUAGAAAUGAAUGAUUUUAACUUAGGAAUGUAGCUUUCAACCGGUUCUGCCAUGCAUGCUUACUGGCUUGUGUCCCGGCCUGCAGGAAGAGAAAUAAGCUGUGCUGCUGUAUGUGUCACACUGGGUGUCAGUAAGGAGCCAUGUUGUUUAGCAUCCUACUCCACUGAUUAUCCCGGGGUAGUAUUUGCCACUUAGAUGAUGCAGAUCUUUGGUCACUUUAUCAUUUUCCUCUUAAAUGUUAAGGUUAGGAGUGGGGGAGGAAGGCUGGUCCGAAAUCAACCCAAGGGAAACUUCAACCAAUGAGCUGGAAUAGGAAAACAAAUAUUGAUUAUUGAUUUAUCAUUACUCAAAAUUGUAAAUUAUUUUAAAUCCUUUUUUUAUAUAAGAACAGAGAAUAUUACAUUUAAUUAUAUUUCAUAUUUAUUCCGUCUAGAUGAUUUAUUUCAACUAUUUGAAAGAUGCUUUUUGGAAAGCAAAUGGACCAUUCCUAUGACUAAAGAGUUCUGUGUUUUUUGUUGUUCUUAAAUUAAUACAUAUCAUGGAUGAAAUUGGAUGUCAAAAGAGGUCAUUUGUGCGUAGAGUUGUUUGGUUAUAGCAUCAAGUGUAUCCGAGUGAAGAGAGGAUUCAUGUGGACGUCUUAAAAUUAGUAAAAAAUGCCAAGGCCUAUAUUGAUUAAAACCUCACAGAGUAGGAGUGCUGAUCUAGGAUCAGGUUCAGGUUAUAAACCCCUUUCUAUGUUCGCAAACAUACUCCCUGCCACGUAGGUAGCAGAGCAAAUGGAGUCAAUCAGCACCGUGAUCCACAGUAGGCACUAGGACCCACAACCUGGGGCAAAUAUAUUCGGCUAUGAAUCAUUGGUAUGCCAGAAUCUGUGGUUUGCCAGAGUCAGUGAAAUGUCAGACUCAAGGGGGAACAGAAGUCUGCAUGAAUAAGCCUGUAUCUUAGUUCCCUCAGCCAUCACAGGCCUGCAGAGUAGGGUUCCUCCUCAAUGUAUUUCAUUAUAUUCAUGUCGUCUUAGUCCAUUGUCUUUAUUCAUCACAAGGUUUUUGUGUGUGUGCGUACCUACAUACGAUGUGGCCAGAUACAUGGUUGAGCCUGUCUUAGGUUGUCCCAGUUUCAAAGGUGGGGUGUUACCUGUCUGUGGCUAACCAGGCCUUUUCACUGGCCACAUUUCAAGCCCUGUGGGACUGUAGGCAGAGUUACUGUCUGCACUAUGAAACAUGCUGCACAAGCUAAUAGCAAACACCAUGUUUCCCCCUCGAGUCUUUAGGGAUACCACUUCCACAGUGUUGUCAUUGAUACAGGCUCCCGUGCUUGACCACAAGUGACCACCUCGGACUACAACGUCAGAGCCAGCACCAUCCAUGUAUAUAAGAUCUUUGGUAUAUUCACAUAUAUGUCUAUACCUAAGCUCAUUUGUGCUUACACCCCCAGGUGACAGCCACACACCCAAAUCCAGAAUGUUAUACCUGCAUUCACACACACCUCACCUACAACUGGAAUCUUAGCAUCUGUUCAAGCAACAGUGGAAACAACAUACGCGUAUAAGAACCAAAAAAGUAUGUUUUGUAAUAGAAGUAAUGACAAAUGUUGAAUGGGGGGAAGUUGUGAGGUCCUUGAACAUCGUUGAUGCUUGUGCUCAACGUCUGUGUUGUUUAAAGAAGAAACAUCAUAGUGAUUUGAAAGUCAAAACUGACUCUAGAUCAGCACUCCUAACCUGAGACAUGAAUGCGGGUAAAGGUCUACUGAAAUGUCUGUAAUAAGGAUCACAGUUAAGUGAAAAUCUGGUGUUCCAUUAAGCCAUGACAGAAAGUAACUGGUGUGACUACAAGUCUUUGCGUUUAUUCUUUUCUGAGUUACCGUGACAGAAAUAUUUUUUAUUUUAUUUAUUUUUCACACCUGUCAGAUGCAUGACGCAACCGGCGCCGUUAGUAAUUAUGGCAACUGAUGUCCAAUAAUGCCAGCUUAUUGCCCACUAGCUAACUGUUAGAGCCCAAUCUGUUGUAUCUGAUGUUACAAAUAGUUGUAUGGCGCUUCUCAGCAUUGAAAGAGUGCUUUCAGAUUUCUAUGAAAUAUGACCAAUAAUGAGCUAAAAUCUGAGUGCAACCAUGUUCCUUCUGUAAAAGUUCAGUAUGUUAUAGCAGCUUUUCUGUCUUAAGGUGAGCAUGCCUCAACAGAAUGCUGUGCGCAUAUCAUUUUCUUUAAAUAUUCAAGAAGCCGACUGCCUAUUGGCCAGCUCAUCCUCCUCAGGAGUAUGACAUCAUCCUCUAUGAGGAAAUGGCAAGUGUUUUUAAUCUUUUGGUUAUUUGUUUUUGGCCACAAAUAUGAGUAUGGGUUAACAGAAUAUAAACUUUUAAAUAUUUAAGAGCUGGACUUUCAUGUCAUGUUAGCAAAGUAACAAAAGACAAAUCUUAAAACUUGACACUAACAGCGGUAAUGUGAAUGUGGAACACCUAUGGUGCUGUUAUUUUGUCUAACAAACCCUUCGUUUUAUACUUUCACUUAGAAUACCUCACUCCAGUAUGGUUGACAAGGAUCCAGAUUGACCAUGUCAAUGCUGACAAAAUAGACGUGUAAACAUGGGAUAUAACUCCAGCUCUAAUGAUACUCUGGAACACGUCUACAAGAAUACAACCCUUAAAAUUAAGGGCUGGUGAAAGAAACGUAGUUUCACCAUAAUCAAAACUGAUACUUGGGAUAAAACAGCUGUCUCAGCCACAGGUACGAAAGACCACAAUUGGUCUUAAUUUGAGUUUGAGGUUAAUUAGGUUUAAUCAAUAUGUAGCACAGUGUGAUAAGAUGUCAAACUUCUGAGAAGUUAUUUCCUUUCCUUUUUUUGAAGGAUUUUGUUAGUCUGGUUUUGUUUUUCCAGGAUUCUUUUUUUUUUUUUUUAACUGCCCUUAUGUGUCUCUGAGGUAUAAUUUAGAUCUCCAGGAAUGGUGAAGUGUCUUGUGGUUUCAGUGGUCUUCUCUGGAAUCAUGGGCAGGUUGUAUAUGCGUUGUUUUAAGACUUCUUUUCAGCGGCCUCCUGAAAAAAAAAAAUUUCUAAUUUUUUAAUCUUAUUUGAUCUGGUGUCUCUAUAGACACCCACCCCAAUAGUAAUAAUAUACAAGUAGAACAUUUCAAAGCAGCUACAUUCUGCUGGCUGUGUUCUUGUGUGUUUGUAUUGUACCAUAACUGAAUACCGCACACAACCACAAAUCACAUUGGCCUCCAUGUAAUUGAGUCAAAUGUAAAUAAGGAAUUAUCCCGGUUAACAGAUUGAAACAUUAGUGCAAAGUGACUGCAGCUUUUUCGGUUCACCUUAAUUGUUCAUUGUGAUGUGCAUUAUUUAUUUAUAAUAGGUUAUAUUUGUCAUAUUUAUGGAGAAUCUUCAAAUCAAUUUUGCACUAUUGUGAAAUGGAGCAAUACACUGUAUAGAAAAUAAAUAAAAGUGUUUCCAGGUGUGA